CGCCUCCAUGAUGGCGACGCGGCGGUAGAGAGAGAGAGAGAGCGAGCGCGCGAGGGAGAAGGCGCGGCUGCGCAGAGGUGCCGCCCCCUCGCCUCACACUUGAGCGAGCGCGAGGGAAAGAGCGGGCCGGGGCGAGGAAGCGGCCUCGCUUUUCCUUCGGACUCUGAGGGGAAGGAUGGCGGGGACGGCUCGGGCGAAGACGGGAGGAGGCGCGGGAACGGCAGGGAGACGGACAACAAGAACAACAACAGCAGCAGCAGUCAUAUCCGCCUCCCCCUCGGCGCCGCCACCCCCUCAAGCGGAGCUCCUCAGUGUUGUUGUUGUUCCCGGCGCCUCUGCUGCUUCCAGGCUCUUGCACCGGCAGAGGCAGCUCCGCAGCGCCCGGGCGGCCAGCUGAAGCGCGGCUCGGAAGGGCCUUUCGCUUUCCCCGCGGAAGGAAGGACCAUGGGCGCCAAGCAGAGCGGCCCGGCCGCCGCCAAUGGCCGGACUCGGGCUUAUUCCGGAGGGGACUUGCCUUCCAGCAGCAGCAGCGGAGGAGGAGGCGGCGCGAACGGGACGGGCGGGAGGGUGCUGAGCGGAGCCGGGCGGUACACGCACCUGGGCCCCGGGGUGCACCACGCUUCGGCGAUGGCAGUGGCGGGGCCCUCGGCGGUCCCUCCCGUGGCGGCGCCCCGGAGCAGGUCUCUGGGCGGGCCGGGGGCGCGGGCCGUGGCGCAGUCCGCCUUCAGCAUCCCCAGCAGCGGCCUCUUCGGCUCCCAGGACUCGGUCAACAGCACCCCCGAGGAGGGCGGACGGGAGCGGGCCGCGGCAGGGGCAGGAGGAGGAGGAGGACACGGAGGAGGAGGAGGAGGACACGGCGGGGGCAGUGGCAGCGGCGGGCCCCGGCUCGUCAUCGGCUCGCUGCCCGCACACCUCUCGCCUCAUCUCUUUGGAGGAUUCAAGUGCCCUGUUUGUUCCAAGUUUGUAUCUUCGGAUGAAAUGGACUUACAUCUUGUGAUGUGCUUGACAAAACCAAGGAUAACAUACAAUGAGGAUGUGCUGAGCAAAGAUGCUGGGGAGUGUGCAAUAUGUCUGGAAGAGCUGCAGCAAGGGGAUACAAUAGCACGAUUGCCUUGUCUAUGUAUAUAUCAUAAAGGAUGCAUAGAUGAAUGGUUUGAAGUAAACAGAUCUUGUCCUGAGCAUCCCUCAGAUUAAUGAUAAAGAUUCCUGUUUUUGAAGUCUCUUACACUGAUCAUAUGUAAAGGAUUUGAAGUUCCAUCUUCAGGCGCUAAUAUGAGAGUGGACCUAUGUUCAUUUUGGACUGGAAAGGACAAGAGAUGGAACAUGCCUGGGACAGACAAUGCAAAGUUGGAAGUUCAGUGUAUCAACACUCACCUAAAGGAGACACAGGGAUUCUAAAUAUGCUGCACAUCCCAGAAAAAUCCUCUUCCCACAGACUUUACAGACAUUGUUUUGUAUCUUCAGGCCAAAGUUAAUAACUUUCAGUUUAAUUUUUUAAAGCUAUCUACAGAAGCAGGAUUGUGCUCACAUCCUUUCUUGAAUGGAAAACUGUGUGCUUUAAAUCAAUCUGGGACAUAAUACAAGGAAAAUGCCAUUCUUGGGUUAGACCACCCCACUCCUUUGCUCCCGUGGGCUGUUAGGAAAAGCAGAUUAUUACAUGCAGUCAAAUAUGGUGAACAUUUUCAUGAAAUUACCCCACCCUGUAUGCUGUUCACCUUUUUCUGUGAAAGAAUGCAACAUUCCUUGACUUAGGAAGUUUUUGUUAAGUAAAGUUUUGUCAAGAGUGCAGCCCAAAGAGCAAAAUAUAAUCAAGUCUGAUUGCUAAUUGACAUUGUUGAUCAGGCUAUAGAAUUAUUGAGAUCCGCAUACUGUGUUCAUUUCUGUAUACUAAAAUUGACUUUUACUGCUUAUGGGUAUCAGUGCAGCAACAGCAAAAUGAAAAAGCAUAAUCUAGCAGCUAUGCAAUAUUUUUUUAAAAUAAUUAUAGGGAAACUAAAAUUACCAUCUAUCAAAGUGCUGCCAGUUAAGGUAAUUUAACGGGUAUUUUUUUAAUGUUUCAGGUAGUUAAUUUCUUGUACUAUUUCAAUCUCCAGGAUUCCCUUGUUUUGCUAUAUAGUCUCAAAAGCAGGUAAUGUCAGACGUUUCAUGAUGGGUCCUGGGCUGAUUUUUCUUUGUGUGUGUAUUUUUUGCCAUUCCACAUGCAUAAAUGGUCUUAAGGGUGUAUAAUUGUGGACAUAGGAUUGAAGAAGCACCUGUAUUCUUGAUCAUUAACAAUUUACUACACAACUCUGGCUUGCCCUGAAUUGCAAAAUUCCAAGUAGGUAGAGAAGAAGCUCACUAAGUAAAAUGACAAAUUAAUAAAAUAUUUGUUUCCACACACACACAAAAAAGCCAAAACAAUGGGGACCUUUUCAUGGAAAGCAAUUAAAGUAUCUUGUGAUUUUUGUUUAAAAAUGAAAUAGUGUUGAAUAAAGGUGAUGGAAAGUUAAAACAUGUUUAAAGAGCAAAAAUAAGAUUUGUAUUACAUGAUUUCAUUUUUCUUAAGGAUUUGAUUGUGUUUCCCUUAAGAACACAUUUUUAAAAAUCUGUUGGUUGUUAUGUGUGAAGAAGCAAAUUUAGGAACUGCUGCUGAUACCUUGUGUAAAUGCAUGUGUGUGGGCAUACUUGGUGCCUUGCUUUUCAUCCACAUUUCUCAAAACCACAAACCAGUGUACAGUCCGCUAGUAAUGUCUUACAGCGUAGAUAUGUCUUCAGUGCUGUAACAAGCAAUUGUCUCAGAUUUCAGGAAGUAUUACACUUUGGUGCAGUGGUUCCCAAUUUUUGGUCUUCCAAAUGUUUUGGACUUUGUCCCAGAAUCCCAAGCCAAUAAAACUAAUAGGCAGGGAUUUUGGGUGGCCAAGUCCAAAAUACCUGGAAAACCAAAGGUUGGGAAUCACUCUUGUAGUGAACAGAACUAGAUGUUCGGAAUUCACAGAAUCCUUGUCUCCAGUGUGUGAAACGAACAGGUUGGAGAAUUUGCAGGUGAGAAGCAAUGGGCAGGUAUAGAAAGUGCUUGAGUUUCUUCUGUACUGUUUUUCUUUCUGCAAUCAGGGAAACUUUAAAAACAAUAUAAAACUUUUCCCUCUUUUCCCCUCAGUUUUUCCCAUUAGAGGAUACUGUAGAGAAAGAAAAUGUGACUUUUUAAGGCAAAAUUUCACUCAAAAUGUAUAUAUUUCUGUAAGACAAUUUGGAACGGUAGAGAAUGAUUUCUAUGAUUCCUAGAUACACAUGACACUCAGAGGAAAUAUACAUUUCUGCAUGUUGUUGGUGCUGCCAUUUUAAUGAGAGGAGCCCACAGUCUUCAAUUUGUUAAAGUCGUUACAUGCCUUCUUUUCAUGAAUAGUGGCUUAGUUUGAAUAUGGACUGAUUGUAUUCAAGCUUAUUUCUGAAUAGGGGUAUAUCAAUCUGAAAUGUCAGACCUUUUAAGGGUGCAGUCUUUUGGCUGUACGUUUGAGUGAAUAUUUAUAAUAUUGCUCAUUACAAUUAGUAAAUAAUGACAAAUAAAUGAAUGGAAUAAGCUAUUACAUUUCAUGUUGUCAAAGCAGCAGAGAAUGUUUAAAGUAAUAAGAAACCAAUUAUGGCUUAUUUCAAUUUCCCUCACAUUCACCCCUCCUUCACAGCUUCAACAUUGCUUCACAUUUGACAAUACAACAAUCCCUGCCCCCCUAACCUGGUUUUGCUUUUUUUUUCCUUGGGAAAUCUGGCUUCAGAGCCAAGCUCAACAAAACCAUCUGGGAAAGGCUUGCAGAGGAAAUGCUGUAAACAGGGAAAGAUUAAGCAUUCACACUCUACUCUGCCAGCCCUGCAAAUAUUUCCCUUGCCCCUUCUUGCACUUUUGUUUGCUGCCAAAAAUCUGCUUCUAUCAUUUUGCAGGAGAGCAAGGCAGUGACUUCUGAUAGUGCAGUUGGCCCUCCACAUUUACAGAUUUCACUUUUGAGGAUUUGAUUAUUCACUGAUUUAGUAUGCUCUCUCACGGAAUCUUUAGAUCCUCCAGUGUGACUCUGUGGUCCAUUUCUACCACAUGGUUGCACUGGAGAAUCUUAACGGUUCCUAGAAAGAACGCUUUUCUUGGCAUUUAUAGGUCCUCCAGUAUGAUUCUUUGGUCAACUUCUAGAAGAUAUUGACUUAGAAUUGUGCUGUAGAGAUUCUCAGAGAGGUAAUUUCUCAGGUUAAAAAAGUUGGUUUUUUAAAAAAAAACCACAAGUUUGCCACUUUUGUAGGGGUCCCUAAAUGCAGAGAAUGUGGAAGGAUGACUGUUUUGAAGAGGGGAGAAGGGAGGGAAAAGCAUUGUGUCAAGUCUCAUCAGCCUCUAGGAAACUGCAGGAGCAUGUUGUGCUCUCUGUGUUUCCCAUUGUUUUUCUUUCCUGACAACCCUAUCCCCUAGCUUUAAAAUUUCUAACUGUAAGUUGUGACAACAGUGAAUCAUACUAUUCAGAGACAUUUCUUUCAGCUUGAAUUGGAACCUCUGACAGUUUUUAAAGGAGCACUGGGGCUUAAAUUAGACUCUGGAUUUUUUAUGUAAGUUUGUUCUUUCCAUUCAUUUUCCAAGGAAUUGGUAGAUACGCCGGGUAUUUCUCGAUUCCUUACUUGGGAAUCAUAUCUUGAGGGUUUUUUUUCUAUUCAUUCCAAUCCCUUAGCAGAAUGGACCCAGUAAGGCAGACUUACGUUCCUGACAUGCUCUAAUGCACUUCUUAAUAUCCAGAAAUCUCUUUCUGCUUUCCAUUUUCCUUACUUGUAGUUGAUUUCCUUUGCUGCUUUUGAGAUGCAUACAGUGUGAUUUUCUUGGCAUGAUACUUCAGCUUGUUUUUUGCUGCAGACAUGCCGUAUGGAAAGUCCCCAUUUUAUCGCUGCCAGUGAGGAAAUAUCAGUGCUCUUCUUUUUGAUAGAACAAUUUGCUAUUUAUACCUCUCAGUCCCUUAGUCUCAGACUUUAAGCUCCAAAUCUUUCCUCUUUACUUCCAUCUCCAGCACACUCUGAGUCUUAACCUACUCUGCUUUUGAGUUGAGCUACAAUCUUAUUAAUCUUAGUUAGCAAUUGCCUCUUCAGGCCUGGCCAGAGGGAAACACUUUCUAUAUGUCUGGCUAACAGUGGCUUUCCUAAGCUGCUUUCUGAUCUUGCCCUGUGCAGUGAAAAUCAAAAGCAUGAUUUAUUAAGUACUUGCUAUGCCUAGGGUGUGUUUAGAGGGAGGUCCACUGCCCGGUUUAACUCAGUGGUUAUAGUUAAGCAAUGAGAUAGUUACUGCUACAAAAUUCUCAGGUUUCUGGAAUUUUAAAUUUUAUUUAUUUACUUUAUUUCUAUCCUGCUUUUCUCCCAAUAUUGGGAUUCAAAACAUUGCCUACAGUAGGGUGGCAAACUUCCCAGACCUGGUGGAUAUGCAUAGAAGAGCCACUGGUUGCUGUUUGAUUGCUUUGGCUACCCAGGUUCAGUUUCCAGUCAAUUCAGUUACUGCUGAAAUUUGAUGGGAGCCGAACUCUCUCUGCAAGGUACAGGAAAUUACCAGAGUGCCUCCUGCACUACCCCAUUAGUCAGAUUGCCAAUUUUUUUCAGGAGGGUAUACAAAACCAUUGUAUUUUGAAGGUUUUUUUGCAACAGUGGAAAUACUGCCAGCAUUAGACAAAGAAAGGACCUUGUGUGGAAAGGUUCACCAAAGGAGUUCCACAGGAAGUCCACCAAUUCGUACUCACCCUGGGGGGAUGGACAAACAUUUUGAAUUCAGUGAACACAUUCUGUCAUGGAAGCAGGGUUGGAGGGACACAUGUGGGGCAUGGUCAGGACAAAUCAAAAAGUGGAUGGGGUUAUCUUUUCCUUCUUCCCCAACACUACCGUCUCCUACAUCCUGCUCUUUGCCACCCCUCUUUCUCUUCCUCUCCCCAAUUCUGUUCUUCAUUCACUUCACAUUAUAAUGCCAUACCAUUCAUGUUGCAAUCAGACAACUCCUCUCAUCUAUUCAUCCAUUCUCUCUUCCCUUCACCCACUAUCUCACAUACCACGUGCACAUUCUUUCUCGCACAGUCUCAUCUUUUAACCCCAUUCAUCCCCCACAAUGAUCUGACAGUCAGUUUGAGGAUUUUCCUCCCAAGAUGUUUUGGGAACAACAACAACAAGACUCUGGUUUUGCUUGUCUGCUGGCUAUUCUUUUUUGAUGUCUGGAAGAGUUCAUGAAAUGGUGGUAUAAUGAGACCUAGGUGCAAUUGGAAGAGCAGACCAUUGAGCAUUGUUCCAAGAAGGGCACAGUGUGGCUGACUCGCAUGGCCAGGGCUCUUUUCUACAGCAUUUGCAUGAAUAUCCCGUAAGAUGUUCUAGGGCAGAGAGAGAGAGACAGAAAGGCACAUUCAAGCCAUGGUUUGCCCAUCACAGAUUCAGUGCCACAGUAAUAAAAGCUGUAAAGCAAUAUUGGUUAAAGUUGCCAGCAUGAUAAAUAAUUGUGUGAAAAAUGGACUUGACUUUAAUAGCUCUUGACUUUAAUAGCUCUCUUCUGUGACGCAGUUCAGUUGCCAGAAGAUGGUAGCUUCUUACCUGUGGUAAGGUGUGCAUUGCCAGUGUCUGCUUAUGACAACCAGCAGUUGUUUUUAAGUAGCCAUUUUUACAUAUUUAAAAUGUUUGUUUGGCAGGGAUUACACUUUGAAUUCUGGGCCAAACAAACUCAAAUGGGGAGGCCACUUUAAUGGGUUGGAAUAAAUUUUAAUUGGUGCUGACACUUAUAAACACUUUAUUUUCGAAAGUCUUUUUACUGUAGAGUAUCAUUUUGUUCUUUUCAUUCUGGAAUGUCUUAAAACAUUCAAGCAUGGCCAUUUCAAUAUGUGAUGAAUGUCUUCAUUAAAUUGUUAUAUUUUCCUUCAGUUAUCUCUAAAAGCAACAACACUGAGUCUUUGCUCACAUUAAAAUGUAUUUAGGUUCCAUAGCUGAAUCAGACAAAACAACCAAAUCACCUUAUUAGAGAAUGUCUCUAAAUUAAUUGGAGUGAACCCUAGCUGAAUCCAUAAAUCUCUGCUUACUUAUAAAAUCAUUUUCCUUUUUAAGUGUUGACAAAGUUAUGUCUAUUUUGGCCACCAAUGUUUUUUUUUUAAACUUCACCAGUGCCCCAUAACACAUGCAAACAAUUCCCUAAAGCUGUGUAUAGAAAAGUCAGGAUUUUUCCUAUCUUUUCUGAUCUUGUGGGAUUUUUUUUUUUGAAACUGUAAGGAAACUACAGAUCUACAUAUGCAGAUAUUGCAACAUGGUUGAAAUGUUUGUUUUGGUUUAUUACCCACAUGCACCCAGACAGUGAUUAUAUUAAUUUGGGGGAGGGAGCUAAAAUAUUAAAGGGCCUAUUUUAAAGGAGAUAAAGGAGCAAUGUUCAGGGCUACUGCCCAACAAAUUAAACUUUUCAAAACAUUGAAGCUUUUCUCCUGGGUAAAAGUGCUCACUGUCACUCAUCUACUCACACCCAUCAUUUCCAGACAAACUCUGAGCAUGCAACAGUUCAGUAAGAAAUGCUGUAACAUUUGCAGUGCUUGGAAAUUUACUGUUUUCAACUACAACAUUCAAUAGUUGCAGUAGGGUCUGGGAACUGUGUUUUCCACAAAGUAACGUUUCCAGGCUCUGCACAUUUUGCUGCAGCAGUGAACAAGAAGUCUUCCUUGAUUUCCCUGCUGAUAAAAAAAGAAUGUAAUUAGCUAUGUCUAAUAUAAAAUAUGUUUGUAAUUUUUAAAAAAAUCGAGCUGUAUGAGUGGGGAAACUACUUGAGAUCUGUUUUUUUUUAAAGGUACAUCUUGUACUUGGUCUCCCAGUAUAUAAUUGUAUGAUUUAUUUUCUUUUUUACUGAUCUAGGUUGUACGUUUUAACAUUCCAUUUGUGUAAAAUAUGUACAAUGACGUUAAUAAAUUUUUUGAAGCACA